CCUUCAACAAGACUUGUUGGUUAAAUUCAAACCACAAAGCUUUGGAACACCUCUUCAACUCAUACCAUCUCUCUCUCUCUCUCUCUCUAUCUCUCUCCAGUUUGAGCUUUGAAAAUUGUUAAACCCAAGUUUACUUUGAGAUACUAUUGUAAAAACCAAGCUGUCAUGGAAGCUCUGAGUGCUUCACCUUUAUCUUCAUUUCAGGUCACAAUAUUCUCUCCAAGACUUCCCAAAACCCAAAUAGGGAGAAGACCCUUUUUGAAUCUUCCCCUCAGUAAAAAAGCCAAUUCGUUUCUCUCACCAAAUCCUAAAGAGGAAUCCAAAUUCAAGCUUUUCACUGCCAUUUCUCCUACUGUUUCAACUGAAUUUGCAGACCCACCUGAAGAAGAAAUCAGUAUCCACAACCAGGAUGAGAAAUUCGACUGGUUUUCACAGUGGUAUCCGAUAAUGCCGGUUUGUGACCUCGACAAGAGGGUACCACAUGGGAAAAAAGUGAUGGGUGUUGAUGUUGUGGUGUGGUGGGAUAGGAAUGAGAAUGCAUGGAAGGUGUUUGAUGAUGCGUGUCCUCACAGGUUGGCUCCACUCUCUGAAGGGAGGAUUGAUCAGUGGGGCAGAUUGCAGUGUGUGUACCAUGGUUGGUGUUUUGGUGGCUCUGGUGACUGCAAAUUCAUUCCUCAGGCACCCCCAGACGGUCCACCGAUUCACACGUUCAACAAAGCAUGUGCGGCUGUUUAUCCUAGUACCGUGCAACAUGACAUGGUUUGGUUUUGGCCGAACACUGAUCCUCAAUACAAAGAUAUUCUUAUGAAGAAAAAACCCCCCUACAUACCAGAAUUGGAUGAUCCGUCGUAUACUAAAUCAAUGGGAAACAGAGACAUACCAUACGGGUACGAGAUUCUUGCUGAAAAUCUUAUGGACCCUGCUCAUGUUCCAUAUGCACAUUAUGGAAUAAUGAAAGUUCGAGAGCCCAAAAACAAAGUUGAUAGAGAAGGGGGCAGACCACUUGAAAUUGGUGUAGAGAAACUGGGCAUAAAUGGUUUUAUUGCGAAGCAGGAGAUGGGUGAUGGCAUAUUUAUUGCACCUUGUGUGUUUAAAGUUUCCGCCACUCUUGCGAAGGAUCAAGGGAACAAAUCUAAGUCAUCACAUGGAACCGAAGAGGAACCGUCAUCACAUGUGCAGCAACGGAGUUUCCAUCUAAUUUUUAUCUGUAUUCCUGUUAGUCCGGGUAACAGCAGAUUGAUAUGGACAUUUCCAAGGAACUUUGGAGUUUGGAUUGAUCAAAUUGUUCCGCGUUGGAUAUUCCAUAUGGGACAAAAUUUGAUUCUGGAUUCGGAUUUAUAUCUUCUUCAUGUUGAGGAACGUAGGAUUAUGAACAUUGGCCCCUCCAAUUGGCAGAAAGCUUGUUUUGUGCCAACAAAGUCAGAUGCCCUUGUGGUCGGUUUCAGAAAGUGGUUAAACAAAUAUGCAGGCGGUCAAGUUGAUUGGCGAACCAAGUUCACCGGAGCCCUUCCUCCAUCUCCUCCGAGAGAACAGCUGAUGGACAGGUACUGGUCCCAUGUGGUGAAUUGCCGCAGUUGCAGUGCAGCGAUGAAAGGCCUCAACGUGCUCGAGGUCGUACUGCAGGUAAUCUCUGUUGCUUCAAUUGGGAUCGUCGCUGCAGCCAAGCAGGGAAUGGUGUCAGCUGCUGCACGGACCACUCUGGUCGCCAUGGCAGUGUUAUGCUUUGUUGCUUCUCGGUGGUUGUCUCAUUUCAUCUACAAGAAUUUCCAUUACCACGACUACAACCAUGCUCUUCUCUGAGACUCAUUUUCUACUUUUUGUCGAUGGAAUCACCAUAGCUACUGUAAAUGUGACAAACAUUGUCUGUAUAUGUAUAAACAAUUGAAAUUUGUAUAAGAGCAUCCUGAGGAAAUAAAAGCACAAUAUAAUAAGUUCUUGUUUUUAAGUCAA